CAGAUUUUUUAACCAAAUGUUUAUUUUUCUUUAAAAUAAUAACUCGCACGUAAGAUUUGAAAAUUAUUUACUCGUUUCAUAACCUAGAAGUGCUUUAAGAUGUUGAUCUUCAGAAUCUCGGUCGUUAGCUUAUUGUCUGUAUUCGCACGUGCCGGUGACGAUAACGACGAUCCAGUUUUAUAUUACUAUGCUCUGGAGGAGAGCGAGAGGAGCCUGCCAGCGUGCAGGGCACGGCAGGCGUGCGCGGCGCUGCUGUUGCGGGCGUGGCGCGCGCCCGCGCUGCUGCGGCUGUGUCGCUGUGCGCGCCGCGAGCGCUGCGACCGCCGCGCGCCGCCUCUCCGCACCGUUGAGCUCAACAAUCGAGCAUACUUUCAAUUCUGCAAACCCGUGACGGACUGGCCCAACUGCACGAUGAAUGACACGCCGCUAACCGUUGAAUCAGUCUACGAGCGAAUCAAUCCCGACGAGAUCGAAGAACUGCAUCACAAGAAUAUCCAACUGACACCGCCCAAAAUCACCUUCAAAUGCCGCUGUCGAAUUCCCAACUACUGGAGACUAAAACCUAGCCCGGACGAAAACGGCACGAUUCAAGAGUACCAAUGUUCGUCGCUGCCGCUAUGCAAAACAGACGAGUUCUGUGGAAAUGUCAAUUUUAACUUGAAUUCGCUGUACCAGUCCUGUUUAUGUCCCAAACAUCACAUGUGUGUGCACGACGGUGGUGUGACCCAUGAAAUUAUUUCAGAGUUGUUAUAUCGUGGUAAAGGUUGGAGAGCUUACUGUCGCAAAGUUAGCGAAGACUACAGUUACGAAGACUAUUAAG